AUGUCGGUGGGAAGCGACUGCAGUGUUAUCUGUGGUCUCAUCAAGUUGGGAGAUAUCGAGGCCUUGAAGCGCUUCACUCCGGUAUGCUUCGACUGGAGUCUGUGCGACAGCCCCUACAAGACACCUGUGUUGCAUGCAGCAAUCCUGGAUGGUGUCACACGUCCUGAACUUCAUGACAACAUCCUGGAGAUACUUAGCUGGUUGCUGAAAAUGGGUGCAGAUCCUCAGCAGAAGGCUCCAAACAAUGCCAAUCGCUUCGAUAUUUGGAAGACACACCGGCCGGAAACCACGACCGUCACUCUCAAGUGCGCGGGGCACACGGCCCUAUCGCUUGCACUGGCCUUGCGUGAGGCUUUGAUGGGCAGUGGCGUAGAAUUUCCAGAUGAGUGUACCUUUUUGGAGGCUGUUGUUUCGGUGAUCUCGAUGCCGGCGCGGAAGGCUCCGCGAAUCGCCAUCAAUCCAGGAGUCCUCGACCGGUGGGAAAAGGUCCUCGAAAUGACGGAAACGCACAACGUGACCUUCGAAGCAGCUGAGGGCGAGGUGACAGCCCAUGAUAUUCUCCUUAUGGCAUCAUCACCGGUUCUCAGGGUCAUGCUGGAGUCCUCCAUGGUAGAGGGCAAGCAGAAGCGCAUCAAAGUGAAGGACGCUGCAAGCGGUGGUGUAUCACUUUUCGUCGAGAUGCUCUACACCAACGCAACACGCCGCGGCCCAGAUUACAAGACAGUCUUGACUGCCCUGGACUUGGCACACCGAUGGCAAGUGGAGAAUGUGGUGCAGAUCCUUGCCGACGCUUCGCCGUUUUGA